AUGAACGCCACGAAAGAACACUGGCUUCAUUGGAAGAAGAGAUCACGGCUCGAAUCCACAGCUCAGAUCGGCACCCUCUCCGCCGAUGUAGAAAGGCUCGUAAAGGCCAACAACAUUCUGACGGCCGAAGCCCGAGCAAUCCGCAAGGACUUCGAAGACUACAAGGACGAAGUAAAGGGCCAGACGGACGCCCUUUACGGCAACAUGGUCGCCCUGAAGGAGGCUCAGGAAAAGACCACAACUUACAUCGUUGGGCUGGAAUCCCGGCUCAACAAUGCCAUAAUCAAUGCGCCCUCCACAGGUAUCCAACAACCGGCCGGCCAAUCAAGCCAAGGACCCCGUCGAAUCAAGCUCCCCGAUCCGCCUAAGUAUUCCGAAAGGAAGUCAACGGAAAACUUCGAGACCUGGUUCAUGAACCUUCAGAUCUGGCUCGACUACAACCACUUCACGGACGACAAGGACAAAAUUCGACAGGCCAACGCUCAUCUAGAAGGAGGAGCUGCUCUAUACAUGAAAGAGUACGCAAUCAAGCUCGCCUCAGGACAAGACGUUGGCACAUGGACUGGAUAUACCAGGAAACUGGAGAUGGCUUACAAGAUGCUUGAUCCCAAGCGCACAGCACAGGCACUGCUAGAUGCGCACUGCGCAAUUCGCCACAAGACCAUGAUCGCCUUUGCAGAGAACUUCAGGGCUUAUGCCCCUGAAUCAGGAUAUUCUGACGAAGACUUGAUCGUCAAGAUCAGGGAACAACGGUCGGCCCACAUUCAAACGGUCAUGUCGGUAACGGAGACACUAUCCCCUAAUCGGAUUCCAACCACCUGGAUGGAAUACCUCGAAUUCUGCUUGGAGAUAGAAAUCAAAUAUCAACAGCAGCUCAUGGGAAGCAAGUCUUCUGGACAGACCGCAGCAAAGGUGACCCCUCCCAAGGACCCCAAUGCCAUGGACACAAGCGCCAGGAUAGCACACGAACUCUCCUCAGAACAGGAUAGGUGGCUAGCAAACAAACUGUGUUUGUUUUGCGGAAAGCACGCCUACGAACGAGGAAAGCGGUGUCCCUCUCCCAAGCCUGAGUAUAAAGGCAAGCGGUUUCAGACAAGACCAACUGCACCUCAGGGCAAAGGGAAGGGAAAGGCGCAAAAGGUCCGACAAGUCGAAGAAGAAGGUAGCACGGAAACAUCGUCUCAAAUUGCAGCACUGGAGCAAGCAAUUGCUGCAUUACGUGGGAUGAAGACCUCCACCCCAACUUCUUCGACAGGCAAGGGCAAGGCGAAGGCAGAAAGCAAGGCAUCAACGGCAUCGGCAUCAACGGUCAAGGACACCACCGCGCGAAUCCUCGAGUUGAAUGAAUUCUCAGAGGAUUUUCAGUACAAAGCAUAG